CGGAAAUCUUAGGAGAAACACACAACUUGCAAUAUGUGUACGGGAAAGUGUUCGCUGUGCAUCGGGAGAACUUUGUACCCAUUAGCACUCAUCUCCGUAAUUUGUAAUAUAAUGCUGUUUUUUCCCGAUUGGAAUGUUAAAUACGCGAUAAAAAACCAAAUUACAGAGGAGGUAAAACUCAUGGGAGGACUGGUUGGAGGAGGUGUAAUGGUAUUGCUCCCUGCAUUUCAUAUUUACAUGACUGGAGAGCGGGGCUGGUGUGCUAACCGCUUUGGAAUGUUUCUGUCUAUUAUACUUGCAGUUGUGGGUGUUGCUGGUGCCCUCUAUAGUUUCUCAGUGGCAGUGUUGAGCCUAUAUCAUGGGCCCUACUGUAAAUUUGAGGGUCAAUGGAAAGCUCCCUUUGAAUACCAGCAUGCAAAUUACCUUAAAGACCGCGAUUCAUGGGAAAAAUGUACUGAGCCAAAGAACGUGGUGAAGUUUAAUGUGGGUCUGUUCUCAGUACUGUUGUUGGUCAGCAUUCUGCAGAUCAUCCUUUGUGGUAUACAGAUGAUCAAUGGCCUUUUCGGAUGCCUUUGUGGAACCUGCAGGGAUAAAGCUACGCCAAUACCAAACAAUGUGACAUUUACAACCACUGUACAUGUUGCCUGAUUUGGGUGAAUGGGAUCACAGCCUUCAUAUCCACCAUCCUGUCUCUUUAAUCAGCUAACUUGCGUUCUCUUGUGGAAAGAUGUAUUGUAUUGUUCAUUUGCAUAUUUGAUUCAUUCAGUAGUUGCCAUUCAUUGAAUAGAAUUUAGAUGUGAGAUUCAAAUGCAAAAAUGUUAUAACAUAUGUAUAACAUUUCAAUACAAAUGUAUUGGUAGUUUUUCAUUUUUAUUUCACAUACUUAUUGGCUUUGCACUGUUUGUUAUUAAUACUGUUUGUGAAAU